AUGGAGGUUGCAUCAAGGGCACAGGACGAUGCAUACAGGGCAGCUGCAGCAGCAGAAGAGGAGACAGAGGCAUCUGCAGACACGGCUCUUGCUGAUGGCAAGGAAGAGGGGCCGGACACAAUGGAAGCUGAGGCGCACAGAAUAAUGCUCCUCACCAACACUGCAAAUUGGCUUUCCUGUCGCAACAUGCUGCUAGCUGAGAGCCGUUCAUCUAACCUCAAAGUGUCUGCAUUCCUGAAGGAAGUAAAAAAGGCGAGAAGGUACAAGGCGCAGCUGGACAGCUGGAAUGAGCCCCCCAGCCACCGUUUGACUCCAGAGCAGGGCAGGAGCUUGGCAGAACCAGACCACUACUGGCGCAUCUUGGGAGUUGCCACGCGCCUCAAGCAUGCCGUCAGGCAGAACCGCGAUUUUGCUCAGAGGAAGCUGCGUGCCUUCACGUUGGAGGAGCUUGAGAAGCAGCUUGUGCAUGUCAGGUGCCACUGCUGUCAGGAGCUGAACGACAAGCUGCGGCUGUGCACGGGCUGCGAGAAGGCCAAGUAUUGCUCUGUGGACUGUCAGAAGGGGCACUGGGUGUCCAAGCACAGGAGAGAGUGCACUGCAGCAGCAAAAGGACGCACAUAG